CUCUCACACGUGAGAAUGGAAACUAUACUUUGGAUAACUGAUAUCAUUGCACACAUUAGCGGGGAUGAAGGGCAAUGCAAGGUGACUGUGACCUACCAGGCUUAGUAAAAGGAGAUGGCCUAUUACACUCAUUACAACAGACUCAUCAUUCACCUAACAUGUGCAGCACCCAACAAAUAUAUAUGCUAGACAUUUCAGCAAUGAUCAUGGUUGACUACAUAGUCUGCCUAGGCUGCACCUUUUCCGUCCAAGGGCAGAACAUUCAUCAUCACGAUUCACAUCGACUAUAUAGUGAUCAUGGGAUCAAUGUCGAUGCCCAUCCUAAUGCAAGCUUCCUUUUGUUUUAGUUGCUCAGCAUUUUCACACAGCCAAACCAAUUGCCCUUUGAACAGAAUCUCAUGGCCAUGUCCGCCUCUUCCUCUUACUGUUCUUCCUUCUCUGCCAGAGAAGAUGAGCAUGUUAAGUUUAUGAAUAUGUCAGACAAGUGCGGUGGUGGUACUUCUGCGUCUGGGCAUUACUCAUGUUCAAGUUCUCUUGAUAAUUUUGCUGAGUCUAAUGAUUGGGAAAUGUCACCCACUAAAUACCUGGCGCGAAGCAAGGAGACAAUGGUUCUGAUUGAGGAGACUUGCUUACUUGAAGACGAAGUUACAGAUCUUGAGCAACGGAUACUUACAUUUUAUCGAAAUUUUUUUAGUCAAUACAUAAUGAAGUCUCCCUUUUCACAGACUUCAAAAAUGACCUCAUCAACACUUACAGAAGAUGAAAGCAAACGGAAAUACAGCAUAUUUUCAAGGGUUAUUUUUACACCAAGCAGUUCUCCUUCUUCACUGCAUCGCCAUGAUGCUUCAAUCACUACUUUGAAUUUGGAGAAAGAAAAAUCACUACUUUCAUCUAAUACUAGGGAUGCUUCUCUGUCUAGUAAAACAUCUAAUGUGAAUCAUAAGUCUUACAGUUUAGAGCAUCAAAGUUCCCCCAGAGUAAAGCAGGAUGAAUGCAAAGACUUAUCUCUUAUUUAUCAGAAUAGCAGGGUGCCUCUUACAUUGAAAGACUACUUUUACAAGUCACCAAAUCGAUUGUCAGAGGAACUAGUCCGAUGCAUGUCAGCCAUUUAUUGUAAGCUGUCUAAUCCCCCAUUGAAACAUUCUGGAGUAGUUCUCUCUCCACCAUCAUCUGCAUCCUCUACCAGUAUAAACUCCCCUCAUGAUGUGGUCAGUGAUGGAUGGAGUCCAAGAUGGAAGACAGAGUCCUUCUCUGAUACUCUUCUCAAGGAUCCAUACAAAGUAAAAGGUGAUAUGGGGGACGCUGGCCCUUACACAACCAUGGUGGAGAUUCCAUGGAUAUGUGUAGAUAAAGACAGGCUGUCAUGUGCAACUCUUAUGCUUCGCAAUUUCAGAUCGAUGGUGGAGCAUUUAGAAAAAGUGGAUCCAACCUCAAUGCAACAACAUGCAAGACUGGCCUUCUGGAUUAAUGUCUACAAUGCUUUGGUUAUGCAUGCAUAUUUAGCUUAUGGAAUUCCGGACAACAACUUGCGCAGGCUGUCUUUGUUUCAAAGGGCUGCUUAUAAAGUUGGGGGAUAUUCUCUCAGUGCAACUGCAAUAGAGCAGUCGAUCCUAUGCCGCCGAACAGCACGUCCUGCACAAUGGCUCCAAAGACUCCUUUCUACUGGAACAAGGUUGAAAGCUGGAGAGGAACGCCGCACAUUUGGACGAAUAUUUGGUCUUGAUGUUCCUGAACCCCUUGUUUGGUUUGCCAUUUGUAGUGGAGGAUACUCCGAUCCUGCGCUCCGUGUGUACACAGAAAAGAAUGUCAUCAAUGAGCUUGAAGUAGCUAAAAGGGAGUUUCUGGUGGCAAGCAUUGGUAUCCAGAAUAACAGGAAGGUCUCUGUACCGAAACUUAUUGAAUGUUAUGCAAAAGAAGCAGGAAUGAGUUCCGGAAGCGUGCUUGAUUGGGUAUGCCAAAAUGUGGAUGAUACACAACGGGAGGCUAUUAGAGCAUUGAUUGAAAGAAAUCCCCAGAAGACAGCAGCUCACUGUAUAGAAUGGUUGCCUUAUAAUUACAAUUUUAGGUACAUAUUUGCUAGGGAUCUUGUUGUAAAGCCAGCAUAAUUUCCUUGUCUUCUCAGAUACUUUUAGUGUUUCAUAUGGCAUGCAGGACUGCCCAAAAUGAAGCUCAAAAUUGAGAUGCUUUAUAAUCCAUAUCUCAUUCUGUAACUAGUCCGUAGUUCUUUUCACCAAUACAAGAUGAAGCCAACAUACAUCUAGCAGGAGAAAAUACUCCAGGAAAGAAUGAGUUCCUCUUUUACAGAGUUUUCCAAUAAAUCAAAGCUAUCCAACCCUCACCAUGCCUAGGUGAAAACUUUCUAAGUUGGUCCUUUGGUCUAUUUACUGAUUUUAGGCUUUGUACAUACAACAUGCAUCCCGGAGACAUUGGCAUUUUAAGAUGAUCAGACAUGUCUUUACAUGCAACUAUUAACAGAAAAAAGGUGUUUUGUAAAGUAAAUACAGGUAGAAGAAAAUCAGAAGAUUCUGGAGUGAUAAACUCUCUGUAGUCAAUAGAAUCGUGAGAUAAAUACAGUGGGUGAAAUAAUCUGUGGAGUGUGCUACAAACAUUGGUCGCGUGUAACAAAGAUACCCUUUUUUUGGUUC